AUGUUAUUCCUUCUGAUUUUCUUGGUGCACAAAGUAGUUACUCUGAGGUGCCCUUCAAGUGAAGCUUUCCCUGUUCCACAUGAGUGGUUCCAGACUGGGGAUCUCGUCAUUGGUGGGAUGGUGUCUCACAUUUUUUACAACUUUUAUGAAAUUGAAUUUAAGGACCAUCCUUCUCUGAAACUUUAUGGCUUACCACUCGUAGUCACCAAAUUCUACCAGCACGUCCUUGCCUUGGCCUUUGCUGUGAAGGACAUCAAUGAAGACUUCCAGAUCUUACCUAAUGUCACUCUUGGGUUCCACAUCUAUGACAGUUACUACAACCCAAGGAUGACUUAUCGCACCACUCUUGACCUGCUUUUUAAAUCUCAGGAAUUUCUCCCUAACUACAAAUGUGAUAGUCAGAAGAAUCUCAUGGCCGUCAUUGGAGCACUUGUGUCUGAUACCUCUUCCUAUAUGGCAGAAACAAUAAAAGUUUUCAAGAUUCCACAGUUGACCUAUGGCUCCUUUGCCCAAGAAGAGGUCCAGGAUACUAAGGUAUCUUCACUUUACUGCAUGGUCCCCAAAGAGGAACAUCAAUACAGUGGUGUUAUACAGCUUCUGCUCCAUUUUGGAUGGAGGUGGAUUGGAGUCUUUACCUUUGAUAAAAAUAAGGGAGAAAUUUUCUUGCAGAAACUGCAUCCGUUGCUUUCUCGAAAUGGGAUCUGCUUGUCGUUCACACAAAGAGUUCAACAACGAGCCCAGUUAGAAGAAAUUUCAGAAUUUCUUGAUGUAGUUUCAACUAUUUAUAAUCAACUGAUAGAUCAGAAAGCCAAUGUUCUUCUUGUCUAUGGUGAAUCAUUCACAAUUCUGUGGCUCAGAUGUGUUGUGUUUCUAUAUGAUUAUGAAAAUAAAAAAAGUGCAUCAUUUAGAAAGGUUUGGGUCCUGAUGUAUCCAAUUGAUUUCAUACUGACAGGAUUUCAAAAGCCUUGGGAUAUCCAGUUGUUCCAUGGGUCUCUUUCCUUUACAGUGCAUUCAAGAGAAGUUCAAGGCUUCAAAGAAUUUAUUCAAGUCAUCAAACCUUCAACCCACAAAGAUGGAUUUCUUCAAGAAGUUUGGGAGCAAUUGUUCGACUGUUCACUUUCAAAUGAAGAAUUACCCUCAGUAUCCAAUGAGACUUGCAGUGGAGAAGAGAAUUUGGAGACUCUGCCUGCUCCUCUGUUUGAGUUGCAGAUGACUGCCCAAAGCUACAGUAUCUACAAUGCUGUUUAUGCAGUGGCACAUUCAUUGCACGAGGCAGUGAGAUCAAACUCCCAAAAUAGAAGAAUUAAAAACUUUGAAUUUUCAAAUCUGCGACCUUGGCAGAAAGUUAGAGUUGGAGACUUGGAUCCCAGUGCUCCAAAAGGAAAAGAAUUAUUCAUUGAUAAAGAUAUGAUUAUCUGGCACCCAGCUUUUAACCAGGUACUUCCAAUUUCUCUGUGUAACGAUCCUUGUUCCCCUGGAUACUGGAAGAAAGGGGUUGAAGAAAAAGAAUUCUGUUGCUACGACUGUGUUCCAUGUCCAGAAGGGAAGAUUUCAAAUCAAAAUGAUAUGGAUGACUGUUUUGAAUGUUCAGAAGAUCAUUAUCCAAAUAAAGAAAAGAAAGGAUGUAUCCUAAAAAUGAUGGUCUUUCUAACUUUUGAAGAAAUCUUAGGAAAUUGUUUAGCCUUGACUGCUGUUUGCUGUUUCUUCUUGACAUCUUGGGUACUUGGAAUAUUUAUUAAGCACCGGGAUACUCCCAUUGUCAAAGCCAACAACCGGUCCCUCACCUACACCCUCCUUAUCUCUCUUCAGCUCUGUUUUCUCUCCUCUUUGUUCUUCCUCAGCCAACCUAGCAAGGUGACAUGCCUUCUCCAACAACCAACCUUUGGCAUCACCUUCUCUGUAGCCAUUUCUAGUGUUCUGGCCAAAACCAUCACUGUAGUUGUUGCUUUCAUGGCCUCUAAACCAGGAUCUCAGAUGAGGAAAUGGGUGGGGAAAAGAUUGCCUUUUUGUACUGUCCUUUCCUGUUCUCUCUUCCAAGUGUAUAUUUGUAUUAUGUGGUUGUCAACAUAUCCACCAUUCUCUGAGUUGGACAUGCAUUCAGAGCUCCAACAAAUGAUUUUACAGUGCAAUGAGGGGUCAGCUUUCUUUUUCUACUGUAUCUUGGGCUACAUGGGUGUCUUGGCCAUCGCCAGCUUUGUUGUGGCUUUUCUUGCCCGUAAAUUACCUAACAGUUUUAACGAAGCCAAGUUCAUCACCUUUAGCAUGUUGGCCUUUUGUAGUGUAUGGGUUUCUUUCUUUCCAGCCUAUCUGAGCACAAAAGGCAAGGCCAUGGUAGCAGUGGAGGUCUUCUCCAUCUUGUCCUCCAGCGCUGCAUUAUUGGGAUGCAUAUUUUUGCCAAAAUGCUACAUCAUUGUUUUUAGGCCUGAGUUAAACCAGCGAGAGCAACUAAUAAAGAGGACUUAG